AUGUUACGACUCAGCUUCCAGUCAACCGACGAAUGGGUUGCACAUACUCGGCCCAUUCUACAGGAUUAUGCCAACAGGCAAAUUCCUCUGCCACUCGGUCAGAGGGUCAGUGUAUCGCUUAACGAGCCUUCUCAAUUUAUCCAGGGGGCCCUGCAAUUGCUUGCCAAUCGCGACCACCCCAAAAAUCCUCCGAUUGAUCCAUCUCGCCAACUCGGUCCUCAGCUGAUCGAGAACUUCACGGAUGUGCACAAAUGGGCGACAGAGUACUUCCGCGCGCGUUUUGGGAUGUCAACUGUGGGAAGCGAUAUACCUGUGCUUUUGACGAUCAUCACGAACACUAUCUAUGAAGCUCACACCCAACUUAUUGAUAGUAUCGCAGACGCAGCAGUUGAAAACAUGCAUGGUCGUGGAGCGUCUAGUCUGGAUAUUGAGGACUUUGCGUUCGGAUACGACUUCGAGAUGAGCCAACAAUUACCUUUUGCUGUGGAAGCCAGCUCUCGUAUCCACGACACCCUUGAGCAACACCGGCCUCGGUCACCAUUGAACCUUCCUGUGAACCUUCCUACGACGACAAGAUUCGGCAGACAAAUCAAAGUACCCAAGCAAGCGCAAGCAGCGGCACUAGCUGAAAGUGAGAAACAGACCAAAGCUCGCCAGCGCAAGAAAGAACAGGCGAAGAAAGAGGAAGCGAAGAAAGAUCAGAAUUCGACAACU